AGAAACACCGAAAGGCAUCAGCCGGCAGUACCCAACAUUUCUCACAAAAAUCCUCGCACAAAUAAAAGUAAGGGGAAAAAAAUUCUCGUCUCCUUCCCCCAGCUUGCCAGCAGCCGAAGUCGGCGAGCGAGAGCCAGCAGCCGAAGUCGGCAAGCGCGAGCGGCGAUGGGAUCGAGCGAGGCGGAGAAGCCGCUGCGUCGGAUCGCGGCGUCGUUCGAGGAGCUCGCCGCCGUCGCCAAGCAGCAGCCCCCGGCGUCCAUGGACGCGGGGGCCUUUUCGCGCGCCUGCUCCAACGUCUCCGUCCUCUUCGGCUGCCUCGGCAUCGCCUUCAAGUUCGCGGAGAUGGACUACGUCGCCAAGGUUGAUGAUUUGGUGGAGGCGUCCAAGUCAAUUUUGACAUUGCCUUCUAUGGUUGAGCUAGACAUUCAGACUGACACUGUCAGGAAACCAGGGAGCCAUACAAGGAAUCUGCUUAGAGUAAAGCGUGGGAUUGAUAUGGUUAAAGUCCUCUUUGAGCAAAUUCUUGUCACAGAGGGCAACUCCUUAAGGGAUGCGGCAUCAGUAGCUUAUGCUCAGGUUUUUGCUCCUCACCAUGGAUGGGCAAUAAGGAAAGCAGUUGCUGCUGGAAUGUACGCCCUUCCCUCAAAGUCCCAGCUGUUGAAGAAAUUGAAUGAAGAUGAGGAAUCAGCGAAGGUUCAAAUGCAGAACUUUGUCAGGUCAUCAGCUCCAGUAAUCUGCUAUGUUGAUGACCUUUUCACCUCAAGGAAUUUGGGCAUAGAUUGGUGAGGAAAACUAUGCAUACAUUUCCUUGAUGUACUAAUCGAGUCAGAUGGUGUGCCGUGAGCUGGGCUCGGAAAACCUUUUUCUGGAUUCCAUGUCUCCAAGUUGUAACCAAAUCUAUAAGUUUCGGUCUAAAACUACUUAGCGAUCCUAUUAUGGAGUUGUUGGUGAUGGUUCUUGAGUACGCAUGUGACACAUGCAUAGAUGAUGAGAAAAUAUACGUGUCGGCUCAUUGAAAAAAUUUCUCCUUUUUUCCGAGAUAUGCUGCUUCAUGAAUGCUCACCUGAGGUGGCCGCAAUGCAGAGCAA